AUGAAACUUCCCGUUGCUCAAAAUGUGGCCGACGUCUACACGCGCUGGCUCUCCGAUGAUGUCCCGGUAUUGGCACAAAGAGGCACCGCGGUAGUCCGCAAUGUCACCCGCACCGUCGUCAUCCGCUCCUACUCGGAGAGCAGCACCUGCUCGCCCGGUGACAACUCGCCGAGAUGUCAGAAGCCCACCUUACCCAUUGUCCUUGGCGUGGUCAUCCCAAUCUCCUGCGCCAUCAUCACCUUCCUCUUCCUUCACCGCCGAAACAAGAAAAGACAGGCAUUAGAAGACAUCAAUGACCCCCACAAGUCCCUCGACUUUGGUCUGGACAUUGAUGGGCCUUUGCCCGCGUCCAGCAAACCGAAGCGUGGCAGAGGAGAUAAGAAAGGGGCGCCGGAGAUGAUCAUCACCGACCUAGGCCCUUCAUCGGGACAGCGCCACAAAGGUCGAGGCCUCUCGAUGGAUAUGCUGGGCAGUCCGUACAUGCUUCCGGCGGGGCUGGCUGGCUCGCGCGAGUCGUUGCAUAGCAUGACACGCUCUCAGCGCGAACACGACCCCUACCGGCCCGUCACCUUUGUUCGCAACUCUGGCGAGACGGGGAGGCGUCCUUUCCACGAAACCGGCUCCAUGUACUCCGCAUCCACCAACCGAUCCUUCAACGACCGCUCCAACCUGGUCCCUAAUGCGCAGAGAAUGUCGCAGUCUUAUAUCCCAGAGAGGAGCGAUGUCCUGUCCAAAAUCGAGACCAAGGCUUCAGGAAGUCCGCUAGCUUCGCCCGCCCUUUUCCCGGUGGAGAACACUCUCAGUGUCCCCACCAGUCGGAGAGCCAGUGAGGCGUCAUCCACUGCACAGCUUCCGGAAACGUUGUCCAGCCCGGUUGGCCUCCCUCGCGUGGAAUCACCCAAGGAGACAUCCCCGGAGGAGAUGCCGUCUUUUCCUCAACCGCCCGAACGCACUGCGCAGCCUCAACGACCCCCCAGAUCAUCAUCCGUCUAUGCCUCUGCCUUGCCCCCACGCCAGUCCUCCAUUGCCCCGGGUUUCCAAUUCUCCCUCGAGCGGCCUAUGAGUGAAAGCAGCCAUUAUGACGAGGAAGAGUCUGCGCCACCGCCGCCGCCAAAGCAUGAGUCUGUCGCAGAGCCUAUCGCGGAGGCCGGAUACUACGAAGAUACCGACUUCAAUUACGACAUUGACCCCAGCGCCAUCUACACCGGCCGACACUCCAUCGACGCUGGCGCAGCAUCUCAUGAGUUCCCCCAAGAUUACUCCAACGAACACGCCAUGCCCAACAAUCGUUUAUCUUACAUGGGCGUGCGUCCGUUGCCCCUCGACAACCCCGAAGAGAAUGCGGAGCAGCGCGCAAACAGGAUAAGAUCCUUCUACAAGGAGUACUUUGACACCAGCCGACCCAACCCCACUGACGCCUAUUACGAAGACUUUGAUGCCGAGUACGUGGCAGAUUACUACGGUGACGAGGGCUGGUACGACCCGGAGACGGGUGACUACUACGGCGCUCCUCAGGCACAAUACGCUCAACCAAUGGGCCGUCGUGCUAUGACGCCUCCACCACGAGGUGCUGCGCGUGCUCCACGAUUCCCCGGUCCGUACGACCGCCACUUCUCCACCAUGUCUGGCGGCCGACCCGCGUUCCGAGGUCGACCACCGCCAAAGAAGAGGCUGCCACCUCCCAAGGCCCUCACAAGUCUUCCCACCCCUCACAUGCUGAGGACUGACUCGGCAUUGUUGAACACCAUGGACUUUGCCCCUCCGUCCUCCUUCCGCGAGCAACAGAAUGGAAGAGUGCCCGACAGCCCAACGGGAACCUCUCGACCCUUCAGUCCGUCUGUGCGCGCGUACAACCCGCUCUUGUCAUCUUUUGACACUCUCGCCCCCAUCCCGUCACCGCACGCCCUACGCAAAUCCGGCACCUUUACCUCUCUCGACUUCUCCCCUCAAGUCCCUCGCUUCCUCGGACGCGAUGGCGGGAGCCGCACGGGCAGCGACGCCGGCAGCAUUCGCAGCGCGCGAUCCGGCAUUUCUGCUCUGCAGAUGGACGCCGUCCGCUCAGGUGCCUAUCGCGUGUCGCGCAUCCCCAAGGAGUUUGUGACGUCGCGAGAAGAUCUGACCAAGCAACUGCGGCCGAAGAUGGAUCUCAUCUCCCCGGCGUAG